ACUACAAGUACCAAGUACGACGGUUAGACGUUCGUUUUCAGUGCACAGUUCGAUUUGUUUUGGUUUAUGCAGACUGCGCUUUGUCACAGGGAGCCGAAGUCCACCGCGGUACUUUAACCAGGCCGUUACACAUCUUUGACUUACUGACGAACCCUGGAACAACCCCUCCUCCGGCGUCCGUGUUUCGCCACCCCCUUUCACGGCCGCCGCCUACCUCGUCGCUCCGUUAUCGGACCCCAGAAGCUGGCCUGCUAGUUAGCAAACAAGCUAACGAUUGCCUGAUUUCACCCAUGUCCUCUGAAGAAGGGUUGAGCUCAACGAUCACGGAUUGGCUUUUUAUCAAUUCCUGGUGGCUCCUUCUGCCAUUCAUCAUGCUCCUUGUAGUUGCUGCCUUCAUUGUGGCGUUUGUGUUGCUGUUGUACAUGAUAUCGCCUCUUAUUAGUCCCAAACCAUUGAAACUGAACGGGGCCCACGUCGUGGUGACAGGCGGCUCAAGUGGGAUUGGGAAAUGCAUUGCUGUUGAGUGCUACAGACAAGGAGCAUUCAUCACUCUGGUGGCACGGGAUGAGGCUAAAUUGCUUCAAGCAAAGAAAGAGGUGGAGAAAUUUGCCAUCAAUGACAAGCAGGUGGUGCUCUGCAUAUCAGUGGAUGUUUCCAGUGAUUAUAGCCAGGUGGAAAGUGUGAUAAAACAGGCUCAAGAGAAGCUGGGCCCUGUUGAUAUGUUGGUGAACUGUGCUGGAACAGCCUUUUCUGGGAAGUUUGAAGAAGUGGAAGUGGACCGUUUUAAAAAACUGAUGGAAGUGAACUACCUGGGCAGCGUUUACCCAACACGGGCCGUCAUAACCACCAUGAAGGAGCGAAGAAUGGGCCGCAUCAUGUUUGUGUCCUCCCAAGCAGGCCAGAUCGGCCUGUUUGGAUACACUGCCUACUCCCCAUCCAAGUUUGCCCUGCGUGGCUUAGCAGAGUCGCUGCAGAUGGAGAUAAAGCCAUACAAUAUCUAUGUGACUGUGGCCUACCCCCCUGACACCGACACACCAGGAUUGGCUGAGGAAAAUAAGACAAAGCCUCUAGAGACCAGAUUAAUCUCUGAAACAUCUGGAGUUUGCCAGCCAGACCAAGUGGCCAAAAUCAUUGUUCGGGAUGCAGUGCAGGGAAACUUCAACAGCUCUGUGGGACCCGAUGGCUACAUGCUGUCAGCCCUCACCUGUGGAAUGUCACCUGUCACCUCCAUCACAGAAGGACUCCAGCAGAUUGUUACCAUGGGAUUGUUUCGGACCAUCGCCCUCUUCUACCUGGGGAGUUUCGACAGCAUUGUGCGCCGCUGCAUGAUUCAGAGGGAGCAGUCGAAAGCAGCUGACAAGAGGGAGUAACAGCAAGCCUUACCCUCUUCACAGCCCGAUGCCCUACUCUUCCACACACACACACACACACACACAGCCCCGUCCCAUCCCCUCCUCCAGCCUGUACUAGUGCACAACCGUAGGUGGGAAAAAGGCCACGCUUUGAGUGUAUUUUAGAAAUCAACUUAAUAGGUGGGAUGAAAGAGUGCCAGAUGUUUACUCUUUGCUUGUCCAGUGAUGUAACUCUUCCAUAGACUUCACAGUUGUUUUGAUUUUUCCUCUCAAAGCAUUCCAGUGACUUUUUCCAUUUAAUGUGUCCACCUGCUUCUUUUUGUGGGAGCAGCCUUACUUUAAGGGAGUGAGGGCAGACUAAACAUCCCGUAAGCUGGUUUUAAAGUAGGUAGGCUUUGUAAACCACUGAAAAAAAUGACAGAUAUCAGGCCUCCCUGCCUUCACUCACACAGUGCUGUGUUUUGUUUUGUUUUCUCAGAGAGAGGAAAAGCAACAGAUAGCCUGUCUGACAGGUUGUGCCAAAUAUGGCUUUAAGUUCCUUCCCACUAGGGGCUAUAUUGAAAACCAGAAGGGUAACUUUCAACGUUUGUCAUAUUGUUCCGUGUAUUUGAAAACUAGAUCCACAUUGAAUUUUACAGUUUCCACUAAAAUGGGCCCUCCCUCCCUCUCACACCACAAGUCUUUGCAGGCAAAGCAUCUUCCUGUUUGACUGAAUAACCUCUGUGUUUGAAACCAGUUGUGACCCUCAGCGUUUUGUUUAUGCUGUGGGAUAUUUUGUUUUUGUGCUCUGUGUCUGAACCAAGCCAAGAUUUGAUACAGCGCUACUCUUUAGUGAUAUCAGAGAGAGAGAGAGAGAGAGAGAGAGCAUGUGUGAAGUGUUUGAUUGUUUGUUAAAUU